AUGUUUGCUAUAAGCUAUCUUGCUGCCGCUCAGUGUUUUCAUGAUACUACGGACGUCCUUAUGCUAACCACAAACUUGAUUCGCAAAGAUCUUAAUAGCUCCAACAUGUACGAUUCGGGUGUUGCAUUGGGUGGUCUUUCCUGUUUCGUAACUCCGGAUCUGGCGCGGGAUCUCGCCAGUGACAUCGUUAAUCUCCUUUCUUCGUCACGCCCAUACACUCGAAAACGAGCCGUUCUCCUGUUGUAUAAAAUAUUUUUGAAAUACCCAGAGGCAUUGCGGCCGACAUUCCAGCGGUUGAAGGACAAACUCGAAGAUCCUGAUCCCGGUGUUCAAAGUGCGGCUGUCAACGUCAUAUGUGAACUAGCUCGCAAAAAUCCAAAGAAUUAUCUGACGCUUGCGCCGGUAUUUUUCAAACUAAUGACAACGUCGAGCAACAAUUGGAUGCUGAUCAAAAUCAUUAAGCUG